AGAAACUAUUGAGCCACCUCAAGAGGCAGCACCACCAAACGAACACACAGCGCAGAACGCACAAAACGUCACUCUCAAACCACAGAGAGAGAGAGAGAGAGAAUUUGCAAUUUGGAAAUCUGAAUUCCAAAGGAAUCUCAAAGAAACUCGGAGACACUGAUUUCAUUUUCCCCUCAAAAAAAGAAAAAACGAAACCAAAAAACUCACUCUCUCCGAGCGAGCGAGCGAGCUCCGCAGUGGUACUUCUGUUUCCCCUGCUUUGACCGCUUCUUCUUCUUCUUCUUCUUAUGGAUUGUUGGUCCCUUUCUCUCCCUCUCGACGACGAAUUCGAGAAGCUCGUGAACCGUAUGAACCCCCCCAGGGUCACCAUUGAUAAUGAUUCCAGCACAAAGGCCACUCUCAUUAAGGUUGAUAGUGCGAAUAAGCGAGGGAGUUUGCUGGAAGUGGUUCAGGUUCUGAAUGAUUUGAAUCUCAUCAUACGGCGAGCUUACAUUUCUUCUGAUGGCGAGUGGUUCAUGGAUGUGUUUCAUGUAACGGAUCAACGUGGGAACAAGCUCUCUGAAAACGACGUUGCUGAGCGCAUUCAACAGUCACUUGGGCCGAGGGCUCGGAGCUUCCGGUCGUUGAGGCGAUCAGUUGGUGUCCAAGCCGCUGCGGAACAUACCACCAUUGAAUUGACUGGAAGAGAUAGGCCCGGUUUGCUCUCAGAGGUUUUCGCUGUUCUAGCAGACCUCAAAUGCAAUGUGGUUGCUGCAGAGGUUUGGACUCACAAUUCAAGAAUGGCAUCCGUUGUCUACAUCACCGACGAUGCUACCGGGGUGCCAAUUGAUGAUCCUGACCGGCUUGGUAAGAUAAAACAGCUUCUCCUCUAUGUCUUGAAAGGGGAUCGAGAUAAGCGCAGCGCCAACACUGCUGUUUCUGUGGGUUCUACUCACAAGGAAAGGAGGCUGCACCAAAUGAUGUAUGCAGACCGUGAUUACGACCAAGAAGACUUGGUGGAGCGUGGCUCGACGAGUGAUCAGAGAAAACCCCUUGCAACCGUAGAGAAUUGUGUCGAUAAGGGAUACACCGUCGUGAACUUGAGGUGUCCCGACCGUCCAAAGCUGCUGUUUGAUACAGUUUGCACAUUAACAGAUAUGCAAUAUGUAGUGUACCAUGCCACAGUCAUUGCUGAAGGACCAGAAGCAUCUCAGGAGUAUUAUAUCAGGCAUAUGGAUGGAAGUCCUAUUAGUUCUGAAGCAGAGAGGCAAAGAGUAAUCCAUUGUUUAGAGGCUGCCAUUCGAAGGCGAACAUCCGAGGGUAUAAGACUAGAACUUUGCAGCGAAGACAGGGUCGGUCUCCUAUCCGAUGUGACUCGAAUCUUUAGAGAAAACGGUCUUGCAGUCACUCGAGCUGAAGUUACCACCCGAGGCUCUCAGGCUAUCAAUGUGUUCUACGUAACUGAUGCGUCUGGGAAUCCAGUCAAGAGCGAGACAAUUGAAGCAGUUCGAAAAGAGAUUGGCCUCACUAUACUCCGUGUGAAAGACGACGAAUUCUGCACAAAAUCACCAUCUCCGGAAAGCAGUAGAUUUUCGCUCGGUAACCUUUUCCGAUCUAGAUCAGAGAAGUUUCUCUAUAACUUGGGCUUGAUAAAGUCAUGUUCUUGAGGAAUUUGGUUUAGUGAAUGUUAGAAAUCUCCUUCCUGAAUGAAUAUGGCCUUAGAAAGUGCUCAAAAUUACAACACACAGUUUAGGUCAAUCCUUUGUUGAUCUUUUGCUUAAGUUCAAUUUCAACUUGUACAGUAUUAUUAUUAUUCAUCAUGUAUAUGAAUUUACAGUUCUACCCUCUGCUCUUAAUAUCUAGUAAAUAUCUCCAUGGUCCAAAA